GUCGCACUACGUCGCCCGCCAUCGCCGCGACAGGCCGCGCGUACCUACCGCGCUCGUAUAACCAUAGCCUACCUAUAGUGCUCAUAAUUAAUUUACAACACCAGUAAAAGUGAUGAUACAAGUUUAUCGACUAUAAAAUCUGUGCAGUGUUGUGAUCGCGUGUCACAGAUACAUGGCGCGUUGGCUGACGGGGUUGUAAUGGAUUAAAGUAUUGAUCUCAUCAAGAUGGUUUGAAUCAGAAAGAACCUGUUUAAAAUAAAGUACAAGACGUAGCCAUAAAGGUGUAACCGGGUAAGGUUCGGGCGCGGCGAACUCGCGGUCGACCUUACUAACAGGUGAGGCGGCGACGCCACACAGAACAUGAUACUAAGAUUACCCUGUCCGUUUACACAGACCUCGCUAGCCAGUUUACGACAAGCGCCCGCAUCCGGCCACUCCACCGGGCCGGCCUGGUGGACCAUGAUGAACGGGGUCGGCGGCGCGCUCUACGAGGAGGCGCACGCGUCGCCCCCCGGAGGCUCGCCCCCGGCGGCACCAGCCGCCGCACCGCCCUCCGCGUCCAGCGCCUCGCCCGCCUCCGUGGGCUCCAACCCGCCUCAACCCCCGCUGCAUAUCCCUGCCAAGCGCUACGGCGAGCCCGAGCCCGGCGUCAUACGUCACGCACAGCAACCCACCUGGGGCUACCCGCCUGACGCGCCUGCCUCUUUCGAUCAUCAGUAUCCGGGGGGACCUACCUACUACAAUCUUCCCGUUACUGACAGAGACCGCAAAUCGACCCUUCCUUUCUGGCCCACUGGCAGUGGAGAAUACAAGCCCUACGCAGACGGUGGCUGUCAUCAAGGCUUCUCACAACCUUGCUGGAAUUAUCCGUAUGGAGCGCCACGAGGAGACCAGCCCCUGCCCUACGUCAGCAGCGAAGAGCGCCGGACAGCCGUCUCCGAGGCGUCGAGUUUCUCCCAUGAUGCUUAUGGUCUUCGGAACUAUGCGCCUGAAAGCGUCUCGAGUGCACCAUACCCACCCCCAGGGGCAUUACCCGGUUCCCUCUCGAUGUCGGUUGGAGUUGGUGUCGGCUGCGGGUCCUCGAAUCCCCUCGACUGGACUGGCCAAGUAACAGUGCGCAAAAAGCGCAAACCUUACUCAAAGUUCCAAACCCUUGAACUAGAGAAAGAGUUCCUUUUCAACGCCUACGUAUCGAAACAGAAGCGAUGGGAGCUAGCACGGAAUCUGAACUUGACGGAGCGACAAGUGAAGAUAUGGUUCCAGAACAGGCGGAUGAAGAAUAAGAAGAACUCGCAGCGACAAGCGGCGCAAGCAGCGCAGAACAACAACAACAAUAACUCGAACGCGAACAAUCACAACCACCAUGGGCACCACCAUGCGCCGCACCACGUAGCCCUGCACCACGCGCCGCCCGCCAAGCACCAUCAGUGACCCGCGCCCUUCUCUGGGACUUACCCCCUUCACCACGGUAUAGCCAGCUAAAUCUACGCACUGGGAAGGAAAAGUUCCGAAGGACUUACGAGUGGAGAGUGGUCGUACUUAAAGGUUCCGAGGAUUUGUUCACGUCCAAUGUUUGUUACCCGAUAGACUUUAGGAACGCUAUACUCGCUAUACCGUUUCGUACGUAAUAUGGACGCUUCGCUGCCCGCGCGCCUCGAGUCCCAGAGAAUCUCAUAGUAAGAUAAAUUGUGUUGUCGAUUUGUGUAUAGUAUUAAUUACGAAAUUAUGUUCUGUAAUUUUAACGAGACUAAGUACAUGAGUAGAUAACGAUUCCUGAUAUUAAUAAUGUCUAGUAUAGCGCUGAAUAUGUAUUUGAAAUUUAUUUAAGUGCGCUUUACGAAUAUUAAAGACGUCACCGAUGAAUUAUAGUUUCUAGAUAGUUUAUUGAAAAUAAAUUAUGUAAAAUAUUUUGUGAGACUGCUUAUUGUUGUAUUCGUAUCGCUGUUCAGAGGGUGGUUAGUCUUAAUCAGUUAACUUUUAUUUUCGUUACCAAAUUGUUGAAUUACUCGAGUUGCUUCGGUGGCAGUUAUAUAAUUUAUUAACGUAUCUUUCGCUACACCGCCCGUCAAGAUUCAGCAGGUAAAUUGUAAGUGCAGCCCUUUUGUAACUAAUAACUUUAUCUAUUACUACCAUCGAAUAAUAAUAAUUCUUAAUGCAUAUGCAGAAAUAGAAAGUUCAUGAUGAUCAAAUAUUUAUUUGCUGUUUUAAUUUCUUAUCUGAUAAUUCGUAAAUUUUUUGUUAUUUAAAUUAUGGAUUUCUGACAAAGCUUUAACUCGGUUCCAGUAGAAUUAUACAAUAAGUUACUGUUAUGACUUUUUUAGUAUUGAAAGUUGAUGUUAUAAUCAAUUAAUUAGGUAAUAUAUGGGCAAGUGCAUUAAUAUUGUCCCUAUGAUUCAUUGUGCUUUUGCCAUUCUAUUACAUUUUUAUUUUGUUUUACUUGGAUAUUUUAUUAUUUAUUUAUACAUGAAUAUAACUGCAAUAUACAUACGAGUUUAUUAAUUAAAACUAGGUUCACUUGUAUCUCGCUUUACAUCGAACAGUAUGCUUUAGGUACAUUGUGUACAAAUUUUAUUUGAAUUAUUUCUACUUAGUAACAUAUUUAUAACUAAAGUCAUCCCAGUCUUAGAAUAUCAUCUUUGUAAUAUUAGCUACAUCUUCCCUAUUUUAUCAUAUAUUAUCUAUGUAAUAAAUGUUUUAUUGUAAACUUAGUAGUUUACUUGGAUCUAAUUAAUAAAAUCUGUAAUGUCCCGUAAUUAUAAUAACGAUAAAAUUAGAAAUUUUUGUACAAAUGUCAACCUCGUCUAGGUGACCGAAUUUCUAUUUAAUUUGAAGGCGUCAGAAAUCUCGAUGCUUAGACGAUGCGAAAUGUAUCAUUCGCAAACAUAAAUGUCCAUUAACCAACUUAUUCAAAGAAUUGUGACAAGCAAAAGUUUUAUCUGAAAAGCAAAAGCCUCUUAAAAUAUACCUAUACUCAACUAAUAUUAGUCAAUUAAUAUGUUAGUAUAUUGUUUCCUAUAAAGAAAGUCAUGGUGUGUAUCGGCUAGGUACUUAUUCUAAUUUGCGUAUUGGCUUGUGAAGAUGUUUUUGUAGACUGCUUUUCGGAUGAAACUAUAGCGGUCGAUCCAACCGCUUUUCUAUAAGGACGGUUUCGAUUUCAGUAGAUACACGCUUAGAUCCUUACUUACCUAAACUAUGUAAUAAUUAAAGGUCUCGUAAUUAUUAUUGUACAGAUAAAUUAAUGUAGUUAAUCACGCCAGAAAAUGUGAGGUUUUUGUUAAGUAUAAUGUAUAAUUAAAAAUGAAUGUGCU